UAUUCUUAUUCUGUUUUUAUAAAAUCUAAUUAUAUUACUUUUUGUGAAUGACAAGCAUUAACCCGUUAAUAAUCAUAAGGAUGAUCAGAAUAAAGGCAUACUUUUACUUGACAUUUUUUGGCUUUAAAUACCAAUUUUCAAUAAUUACAUAACGAAAACGUAUUACUUUGAUCUCCCAUUAGUUGAUUAAAAAGUAAAACUUUAAUAAAAUAUAAUUUUAUAUAUUGUUUACUAUGUGUACUUCACCAAAACUUGUUCUUUACAAGGAAAGAAUUUAAAUGAAAGUAAAUAAGAGCGAAUAUAUAUAUCUGAAAUGUUGGAUUUGAAGGAUUAGUUUUAUUGCUAUUACUAAUCAACAGGUUGUGCAAGAUGACUCUUCCAGAUCUUGUGUCCAGUCUAUCGUCCAAUCCGUACUUUGGUGCUGGCUUCGGAUUAUUCGGCGUUGGAGCGGCAGCUGCCAUUUUAAGAAAGGGUCUGCAGGGCGGAUUAGUCCUAUUCCGUCGGCACUGCAUGAUUACGCUGGAAGUACCAUGCCGCGAUAAGUCCUACCAGUGGCUCUUGAAAUGGAUUACAAUCAGAGGGGCCCGCAAAACGCAGCAUCUGAGUGUGGAAACCACCUUUCUGCAAAGCGACAGCGGCCAGAUAAAGACCACCUACGACUUUAUACCUAGCAUCGGAAAGCAUCUAUUUAACUACAAGGGCAACUGGAUUCAGGUGGAGCGAACUAGGGAGCAGCAAACGCUGGAUCUGCACAUGGGCGUUCCGUGGGAAACAGUGACGCUGACGGCGUUUGGCAACAACAAACAAAUUUACUUUGACAUCCUGGAGGAGGCGCGGCUUUUGGCACUUGAAGCCACCGAAGGCAAGACGGUGCUGUACACAGCGAUGGGCGCCGAAUGGAGACCCUUUGGACAUCCUCGUCGACGGCGUCCCACUGCCUCGGUGGUUUUGGACCGGGGCACUUCCCAUAAAAUAAUUUCCGAUUGCCAGGACUUUAUCAAGAGUUCCCUGUGGUACACGCAACGGGGCAUCCCCUACCGGCGGGGCUAUCUGCUAUACGGGCCUCCGGGCUGCGGCAAAUCCAGCUUUAUCACUGCCUUAGCUGGCGAGUUGGAGUACAGUGUCUGCUUACUUAAUUUAUCGGAAAGGGGCUUAACCGACGAUCGACUUAAUCACCUGCUUAACGUAGCACCCGAACAGAGUAUCAUUUUGCUGGAGGACAUUGACGCCGCCUUCGUGUCCCGGGAGCAGAGUUCGCAGCAAAAGUCGGCUUUCGAUGGCCUAAACAGGAUAACGUUUAGUGGACUUCUCAAUUGCUUGGAUGGCGUGGGCUCAACGGAAGCUCGAAUAGUUUUCAUGACCACCAACUAUAUAGAUCGCUUGGAUCCUGCCCUAAUUCGUCCAGGAAGAAUUGACCUCAAGGAAUACAUUGGCUAUUGCACGCCGUAUCAAUUGGAGGAAAUGUUCAAGAACUUCUUUGGCAACAGUGAGUCUACAAAGGCGGAGGAGUUCGCUAAGAGAGUCAAUUCCUUUGGCCGUUCCGCAAGUCCCGCUCAAGUUCAAGGUUUCUUCAUGAAACACAAAUUAUCCUCCCCGCAGACAGUUAUUGAUGCGUGUGAAGAUAUUUGGGAGAAUGUUUUGGGCGACAAUAAAAAGAAUAAUUAAAAACUAAUGUUUCACUGGAAAAACUAAUCGCAGCAAUGAUAGCCUGGUGAAAACUAUCCUAAA